CUUCUGUCAAGUAUUGUAACAGCUAUUGCCUGUUGAUAUAUACAGUAUACGGAAAGAAUAACGAAUUUUAGUUGAUUCAAAUUCAAUAAUGUCAGCUAAUGAUGAUAAUGAUUCAAGUGCAAUCAACGACCUGAGUAAAAUUCAUUUGACUUUUUAUGAAAGUAGUUUCGAACUUUGGAGAAUUGAAGAAAAGUGUCGUUUAAAAUUAAAAAGUAUUGAAGAGAUCGAACAUUCUAUUAAACAAGUUACUUUUGAAAAUGAAUGGAUUGAAAAACAACUGCAUCAUACUAAAUCAAGAAUGAAUGAAGUUAGAGAAAAUAUAGUGAAUAUUGACACUAUCACUAUCUCCCUAAAUGAAACAUUAGCUCAUCUUGAAAUUGAACACGAAAAGAAAAAAUUCAUAGUAAAUAAAUCAAAAUGUGAAUAUGAAUUACAGCUAUUUAUAAGAAUGGAAUUAUGGCAAAAAGAAGAGGAACGACUAAAUAAUAUACCUGAAGUUAAAUUAUUAAAAGAUGCUGACUCUGAACUAAAAAACACAAAAUUAGAAUAUGAAGAAUUGCUUCUAAAUCUACAAAAUUUAGUUGAAAAGAUUGACAUAGCUACAAAAGAAAAUGAUGAAAAACAGAAUCAUAUUAUCAUACAAUUUGCCAAAGUCUAUGUUGAAAUGAUGUCUUUAAAUAAAAGAGAAGAAAACUGUAAAUCUCUAUUAAGGAAAUUGAAUACAGAAUAUAAAGAGAAAUGUAAUUUGAAAAAUGCACUACUUGAAUCCCAAAAAAAUAAAAUUAAUAAUGUAUUCUUUUGGCCACAUACUCACAGCAAAUUUGAAUCCAAAAUAUUUGAUAUAAAACUUAAUUUGUUGGACCAAUAUCUAAAACCUAAUAUAAGUUAUUCCAGUAAUUAUGAUCACUCCAAUUUUAUAUAUGAUGAAAAUGAUAUGGAUAUCAAAGAUUCAAAAUCAAAUAAUAAACAAAAAAAAAAAGUGACUUUUCAUUCAUUUUCAGAGGAUAAGAUAUCCCCAGAAACAAGUGAUUAUAAUGUAAAUGGCUGCAAAAACAUAAAUACAUUUGUAGUAGAAACCGAUCAAAAUAUAAACAACAAUCCUGCACAGUUAAAAAAUUGUCUUGAUGUGCAAGAGAGGACCAUUCAAUUUAAGAAAAAUGAUAUUAUAGAAUCAAAAGAAAUGCAUUCUAAAAACAAUGAUAAACAUAAUAUGAAUGAUGGUGAUCUUAAUGCCUAUACUGAUAAACGUAAAACUAUUGAUGAACUGUCAAAUUUUAAAUUUAAAAAACCAUAUACUCCAGUACCAAAUAACAAUAAAAUUCAUUCAACAAUUAUUCAACCAAGUAAAAUGAAGAUAAACAAGGAUAYUCAUAUAGAUGACAAUUUUAAUCAUGCAAAAGUUAAAGAAUCUAGUCUAUUAAUAGAUAGUUAUAAUAAUGAAGAUUGUCAGAUUGAUAAGUAUCAUUUACAGGAAAUGAAUUUUUUUAAAUCUAUUGAACAGCCAAAUGUAAACAAUCUUACUGAAAAUAUCAACAUCUUUAAUGAUUUAUCACAAUCACACRCAAAUGUAUCUCUUGAACAAAAUGAAGAUGUAUCUGAUGCAUUUUGGAACUAUUGUUCAGAUCCGAUGUCUCAAAAUAGUGCAAACAGUAGUUUAUGUAGGUUAGACUUAUCUGAAUCAAAUGGAAAUAUUCAUAAUAUUAGUCAAUAUUCCGAUAAUAUGCAAUUCAACUUUUCAAACUAUUUCAACAGUGAUUUAGAUGUUACUCCUGAAUUAAAUUUACUAGGUUUAGAAACACCACAACAAUCUAGUACACAAACUAAUAAAUCUGAUUUUUUGUCAAACGUAUACUUUAACAACCUUUAUAUCAUUCAAGUAGUUAUAGUAGGCGUUUAUUUAUUUUUUAUGUCAUUAAAAUACUAA